CUCGCCCUCUUCUGUCACUACAGACAAGCGUUGACUGACAGCUUUUCAUUCACAUUAGCUCCACGCCAUAGAGAGGGGACAGGAGUGGAGAGGGCAGCAGUUGCAGCGAAGUAUUCAGUACACAGCUGCCAAGCUAUACAGUAAAUGGAUUAAAGCACUCAGCUAGCUAGCUAAAUAGUAGUAGCAGGCACAGUACUGCAACGAGAAAGGAAAGGGAAUAUUUAGUUUAUAUUUUAAAAGACUGGACUGGACUAGAGGACCUCUCUCCCUUGCAUACAUGUGUUAAAGGGAGGGAGGGGAACGCGACUGAAUGAUGUUUGAAUUAUCUAGCUAGCUAACUUGCGAAAAUAUUUUUGCUGUCAUUGAAUAGAAGUUUAGGUUGUAGUUGAGAAAAACAAGAUAACUCGAACGCAAUGGAGUGCCAAACACCCGACCCGCAAAGCUACGAGGACAUUCGAAAGAGCGGCUACCUCCGCAAGCAGAAAUCCAUGCACCGGCGAUACUUCGUCCUCCGGACGGCCUCGGUGAGGGGCCCGGCCCGGCUCGAAUACUACGAGAGCGAGAAGAAAUUCCGCGGAAAGACACCCGUCCCAAAGAAAGCCCUGGUGCUGGAGACGUGUUUCAACAUCAAUAAGCGGGCUGAUGCGAAGAACAAGCACAUGAUAGUGCUGUACACCCGGGCGGAGAGCUUUGCCAUCGCGGCAGAAAACGAGGCGGACCAGAACGAAUGGUAUCAGGCCAUGGUGGAGCUGCAAUGCAAAAGUAAGAUGCCUACUACUGAUACAGGUGCUGGAGGGGACUACGUCGUGCCCACCCCAGGCCCCGCCUUCAAGGAGGUGUGGCAGGUCAAGGUGUGGCCUAAAGGGCUGGGCCAGGCCAAGAACCUGGUGGGUGUCUACCGGCUGUGCCUGACCGACAAGACGGUCAACUUCGUCAAGCUCAACUCGGACGCGGCCGCCGUGGUCCUGCAGUUGAUGAACGUGCGGCGCUGCGGUCACUCCGAGAACUUCUUCUUCGUGGAGGUCGGUCGCUCUGCGGUCACGGGCCCCGGAGAGUUCUGGAUGCAGGUGGAUGACUCAGUGGUGGCCCAGAACAUGCAUGAGACCCUACUGGAAGCCAUGAAAGCCCUGAGUGAGGAGUUCCGCCAACGCAGCAAGUCGCAGUCCAACUCUGGGCCAGGUGGGGGAGCCACCGCCUCCAACCCCAUCAGUGUCCCCUCGCGACGCCACCACCCCAACCCGCCCCCCAGCCAGGUGGGCUUCACCCGCAGGCCUCGCACCGAGCCGCCCGGAGGGUCUCGAACUGGCGGCAACAGCGCCAACGCAUCGCCCACCCCCCGCCACAGCUUCCCCAGGUCAGGCACAGGGAGCGACGGGGGUAAAGGAGAAGAAGGCGUGGGGGGAGCGUAUGGAGGUGUAGGUCAGAGUUCCAGUCCUACCACCAACGGGUCCUGCUCCACCACGCCCAUCCUCAGGUCCAAGUUGGCUCGCUCUGCCUCCACCCCGACCAAGAACAACUCCCUGGGCCUGAUGCGCUCCAUCUCCACCCCAGCCCCCUCCCCGGCCCCCAGCCUGUCCUCCAGCUCUGGCCACGGCUCCGAGUUUGGGGUAGUGGUGGGUGCAACCGGAGGAGGGGGAGGAGCAGCAGGGGCCGGUGCCUACAGCCACCUUCCCUCCCACAACGUUUCCGUGUCGGGCUCCCCCAGCGACUACGGCUCCUCGGACGAGUACGGCUCCAGCCCUGGGGAGCACUCCGCCCCCUCCCCCAACAUGCCUGGAGGGUCAGCCAGGUCAGGCCAUGAUCAAUCCCUGAACGACGAGGCUGCUAACUACAUCCUAAUGGGCCAGCGUGGUGGUGGUGGAGCCCCAACAUCCGGCACUCUGCCUGUUGGAGCAUCCAGCUCAGCCCCUUCCCACCAGCCCCAGACCAAGAGGGUCCUGCGGCGCUCCUCUAGCCGGGAAUGUGAAGCCGAGAGGCGGCUGCUGAGCAAGCGGGCGUCCCUGCCGCCCAUGGCCCUGGAGCGCCUGGCCCCGCGACCACACAGGGAGGAGGAGCAGGAUGAAGACGCAGCGGACUACGCCAUCAUGUCCCACAGCACCAGCGGCGAUUCCUUCACCACUUGCAUCUCCUCACAGAGAGACUCUGAGAUGAGCCCCGGUGGAGGGGGGGGGGGAGGGGGAUACCUGGACGUGGCUGUAGAGUUGGUUGGUGGUGGAGGUGGGGGUGGAGGUAUAGUGCGGGAUAAUGGCUACAUGUCCAUGCUACCAGGAGGAGUGACCCAACCUCCAGUCUCCCUCACCCACUCGCUUUCAGUCUCCGUCGCCGACUUGGAGUCCAAGCCGGCAGAUGACUACAUGGCCAUGACGCCGAACAACAGUGUGUCCCCCCCGCAGCAGAUCCGGCCCCCUCCCGGCUCCGGCGACGGCUACAUGAUGAUGUCACCCAACAGCAGCUGCUCUCCGGACCAGCGGGGCUGCCUAGGAGGCGUGGCCUGGGUGGACAGCAGCAGCACCGACAGCCGGGCGGGCAGCGACUACAUGAACAUGUCCCCCAUCAGCACCCGCUCGGCCAACAGCAGCCCCCCUCCCCCCGAGCAACCCCCUCAGGCAGACCACCACACCCCGCAGAAGGCCCCCAAGAUGGUCUACUCCUACUACUCUCUGCCCCGCUCCUACAAACACACGCCACCUGGUGGACACUUUGAGGACGGUCCCGGCCGAGGCAGGAGGCCCAAUGGGGGCGGUGAUGGUAGAGGAGUUGGCAGGGCGGUGGUGGUUCGUCAGGACCCCAAUUUGGGUGCGGUCCAAGGUCGCCACCUGUCCCUCUCCUCGUCCUCAUACUCCUCCAGCUCGGCCAGCAGCGAGAGCCUAGGAGAGAACGAGGACAGGGCUCUCCAGGGAGCAGGCUCCUCAGGUGGGGGAGCUCACUCUAAAGACAUGGGGCACCUCCAGCAGAGACGAGCGGCCCCCAAGCAGGGCCAGCAGGGGGGACACAGGACCCGGCCUGUCAGCCUGUUUGUGGACGUGUCCAAAGCCAACACCCUCCCCAGGGUCCGUGAGAACCCCCUCCCCCUGGAGCCCAAGAGCCCAGGGGAGUACGUCAGCAUCGAAUUCAAGGGGGACAAAAGCACUAGAGGAGGGCCAGGAGGUGGGGGUGGGAGGGGACUCAGACACGGGAUGUCCCUGCCUCACGGCUCCAGCCAGUGCCCCUCACACCGGCCCGCCUCUUGCCUGGGGGGGUUCCUGCCCCUCUCCCGAAGCCCCUCCACCCCCCAGACCCCCCUCACGCCCCUCACCCCUCCAUCCGCCUCAGAGUAUGUUAACAUGGACCUGCGGCCCUCACCGUCCCCCUCUCCCCUCUCCCUGACACCACUGGGCUUCCCCUCCUUCCCCACCCCUCCCACGCCCCCUCCCAUGACCCUGGCCCCCAAGGCCCGCGACGGGGCUGAAGCGGGGCCCAGGACAAACAGACAGACUACUCCUGUAGUGGUCACUCAAUCAGAGUCCCCUACCUCCUGCGGGGACUAUACAGAGAUGGCCUUCAGCCUGAACAACAACACCGUCCCCAGCGCCACGUCCAACAACAACUUCCCCAAAGCCCCCUCCCCAGCCAGGCCCUAUCCCUCAGUCCCUGUCGUCACCCUGGGCCUGGACUUCCCCCUGCCUAAACCUGGGCCCAACCCUGACCACGGCGCUAAAGUGAUCCGGGCCGACCCCCAGGGCCGCAGGCGCCACUGCUCCGAAACCUUCCUCGCCUCUCCCUCUCUCCCUCCCCCCUCCUCCUCCUCUUCCUCCUCCAACUCCUCCUCUGCCGCCUCUCUCUUCCCGGAGCACACCCAGGCCGUGGCUCGCCGGCUGGGGUUCGAGGGCAUGCUGUGGGGGAACGGAGCGUCGGCCGAGCAUCUCCCCUCGCAGUUCCUCCACCCUGGGCCUGGCCUACCCGCUGCCCAGGCUUUGUCCGUGGAGCAAGGUCUCAACUACAUAGACUUGAACUUGGUCAACAAAGAGAGCCCUCAUUCAGCCUUAGACGGGUCCUCAACCGUCCAGGCUAUCCCCACUCGCCUCUACUCGUCCGUGCUGAAUGGGGUGUCCGGAGCAGGCGUCGGGGGCAGUGGAGGCUCCAACCUCAACACCUAUGCCAGCAUUGACUUCUACAAGUCAGAGGAGCUGCGGACGCAACAGAACGGAAACAAAGACGGUACAGGCGCCGGAUUACCCAGCAGUCACCACACACUGUCUAUUUACGCCUAAAUUAGAAGAGAUAUGAAUGCUGAUGUCUUUGCCCUCACCUUGGAAUUAUGGGAAAUUGUGACAGCCAAUGGGAAGAGAGUGGGGUUGCACUGGUCACGCCCCUGAAGCACUUUGGAAGGACUGAUGGAAAACCUAAAUUAUUUUGCUUUCAGUUUAUUGGUUGUGAUGACCAAUGGGGAUGCGUGCCAAUGAUAUUCUGAAAACCUAUUGGUUGCUCUUAGCCUGAGAAGGGAGGACUUCAGAGAAGAGUAUAAAGACUGACUGCUGACUGGGAGCCAAUUAUAUUUUUCGAUGAUCAGCUUAAAUGGAAACACAAUUAACCAAUCAAAAAUAAGGAUUUAAUCUAAUGAUGAUGGCUGAAUAUACAAAGUGUAAUAACAAAAUAUAUAGAAAUAUAUAUCUGCUCAAAAGUGCCUCAUUUUUUGAUUGUAGCCAUUUUACAAAGAACUUCAACCUAGCAUUGACUUAAGGAAGUGAAGAAGCUUCAGUAUUUGUGCUUGUUUUGAAGUAGAAUAUGUUGUGGCAGGUGUAAGAAUAAUAUGAAAAUGAUGAUGAUGAUGGUGAUAAUAAUAAUACCAAUUUGCUUGCCUUACUAUCUAUCUGUCUGUCUGUGUCUCUUUCAAAAUAUCUCUCUCUCUUUCAAAAUCUCUCUCUCUCUUUCAAAAUCUAU